AUGGUUGCAAAUCCACUGGGCAUACCGACAAAUGAGCUGAGUGAAAGACCAAGUACUCUCUUCUUGAUCAAUACGACCUUCAACGACAUGGAACUACAUAGCCAUCGGACCUCGCGCAUGUAUCUCGAUCGCUUGGUUCCUCUCUCUCCGAUUCUGCCGAACCGACCACAAGUACAAGCAGAGCAUACAUGUCUGUUGCAAUACUUUCAAGACACAGCGUAUCGCUCCCUCGUCACCUUUGGUGCAACGACUGGGCAGAUCCGAGAUGCCCUUAUGACCAUGACAAUGGCAGCCGAUACCUCAUCAGGCCUCGCCAUUCUUUACGCCUUACUGGCCUAUUCCUCGCUCCAUAGUCAGGGGCCCAACAAAGAGGCCAUGACGCUCAAAAUACAGGCCCUUCAAUAUUUGUCAGUCUCCCUAAAGGAGGGACCGAUGACGACGGCGAGAGCUGCCCAACACGUGGCCGCCUCUAUGCUUCUUGGGGCUUUCGAGACCCUCCUCCCAUCGGACAGCUCGGGCGAUUGGCUAUGGCAUAUAUGGGGAGCCAUGGACACAAUCCGUGCCGCUCAACUCGAGAAUGUUUCAUAUGAAAGCGACACCCGGCAUCUGCUUGACUGGGUCUACUACCACGGAGCCGGUAUGUACAUGUAA